CUUACGUCAUUCGGUCGGCAAUUACAAGCUAGAUGUGUUGCGGGAAGGAACAUGGAUACUAAAAUUACACUCACUCCGAACCAAAAGUGUACGGGGGAUAUAGGGCGCGGUUGUAUACAUCUGGGUCAAACUUUACCGGCUUCCGAAUCGUAUCUUCAUUUUCUAUCGUAUAUCUUGAUACAUGGAAUCCCGGAAUCGCAGACGAUACAAAGCUAUGUUUCAUUCUUUCUUCUUUACUUCCGUGACAACCGGAAGUCCACUCCCCGGAUCACUCUCCCAUUUUUUCCCCCCUCUGCUUCCCUACGGACGUCACGCUCGAGCCGAUCGACGCCGUUAGACUUGACCCGAGUUCACCUAAAAAAAACCUUCUGGUGUACUUGGCACCUUGGAUCGAAAUGCUAAAUAGAAACGAACGAUCGGACACCACUUUCGACGAGGCUACCCCUCGAUGAUCGUCUGCGAAACGCGGGUCACGUGAACUCCGAACGCGGUGGGGAAGCAAUGUUUGGUCGAUUUCCAACGCGGUGGAAAAUACCAAGUACCGUUCGCCAGUUUCCAUCGGGAAGUCAUGGCGAAAAAGGUGGCUAAAAAGACCCUCAACUGGUCCCACAGCGCCGACGACGUCGAAGGGGUCGUGCGACUCGAAUUGUCCCCGGAAAGCCAGGAGAUCUUGGGCUGCCGGAUAAUGAGGGACGUUUACCUGGAGUACCCUUGGGCGUACGUCCCGAGGGACGAGGUGAUCGGAUUGUUGAGAUUGGACGAUUCUCAGCUGAUUCCGUUCAAAGAUGAAAUCGGCAAAUACGAAGGGGACAGUUUUCUGAUCGGUUACGCUUCCGAUGAGCUCGUUUCCUCCGAAUUUGUCAUAUGCGUUACGGAAGAGGCGAGAAACGAAGUAGCUAGGAGAAACGGAGAGGUGGCGAAAUUUUUGAAUCGAAAAGUGAACGGGAUGUACCUGAAGACGCCGAAGCCCUGGGUCUCCCGGGGCAGCGAGUUCGAGGUCGGCGAAAACGUGACGCUUAGAAAACGUCCGCUUUUCGAGGUGGAGAUAACGGCGCCUCUCGGCCUAUUGGGAAACCCUAGGAACUUGGAUGACAGAAAUUCAACGGAUUGCAAGGACGGUUUCAUGGAGAUAGUGCCGCGUCACGAGAAAUUCGAUCUCGUACCGAUGUCCAGGCUGACAACCGGCGUGCAGACGAAUCUUCCCGGUCGCGAAACCGGCGUACAGACUAGUUUCGGAUUCCCGAAGAACGCCUGGGUACGGUACGGCUACGAACCGCCCCCGCCGGACGCCCCGGAAGUUAUCCCGGAUGAAAAAGACGAGGAGGACGUCGAAGAAGAACCGUCAAAGGAACCGGAAAAGGACAAGGAAGGGGAAUCCAGCCGAGUCGAAGACCCGGGGGGCGAAAGUGGCGUUCCGGCCGAGGGACCGGACGGCGAGGCGGAGCCGGAGGAAAUCGCGGCGCCGGACCCGCUCCGCCAAUUCAUGGUGAAAUACGCCGACGAUAUGAUAGACGUGAUCGAUUACAACGCUGCUAUGAACCUCCACGUUCACGACAUCGACGAACUGGUACUCAAGGGCAGGGACACCGAACCGAGCGAGAAUCUCGUUUUCGCGGAGCUUCUAUCGUUCGUCGAUCUGACUUUUACCGCCGGUAAAACGAUCGCGGAUCUCUCCUGGCAUCCGAAACUAACGGGUGUCGCGGUCGUCUGCUAUUCCGAGACGCCGAAUUGCGAUCUCGUUCAAGGCCCCUCCGAAUUGCGAAACGCCGAAAGGUUGGAGGAAAAUAAGAGCGUCGUUUUGAUCUGGUCGUUCACUGAUUCCAUGUCACCGGUUAUCCAACUGAAACACGACAGACCGGUUAGCGCGGUUUCCUUCUGCCCUUUCCGGCCGGAUAUUUUAGUCGGUGGUUGCGAAACGGGUCAGAUCGUUUUAUGGGACUUCGCCGGCCGGCUUACCAAGUGCAGUUUAGAAAAUUGCUGCGCCCGAGAACCGGAUGCUUCAGUUGCGAACAAUGAACCGUCCGAUGAAACGAACCGCGCCGUUCUGCGUACUGUUAAUUUCGCCGCCGUUUCCAACGAUUUCCAAUCCCAUCACGGAACCGUUCGCGAGAUCCGGUGGCUUCCGCCCGACCAUCGCGUCGAGCCGGACGGACGGCUGACCCCCCUGUCCGAUGAUUCGAAUCUCCAAUUUCUGACGGCCGGCGAAGACGGCUGCGUCGCCGUCUGGGAUUUGUCCUGGGAACCGCGAGCGACGUCCUCUUCGGCCGUAGAAAGAGGCGCCUCGAGGCACCCGAGAAUACUCCAGGAAAUUUACGGCUCUCCGGUUUCGGAGCUCAAAAAACUCGACGGUUUGUUCAAGCCGAUUUAUUCGAUCUUCGUACACGUCGCCAAGGAGGCGAGAAACCUGCCCCUCCUCAGCCUCUUCGUUCAGGCCCCCGUCGCGAAGUGGAAAGAGGUCGCGAACCCCCACGAAACCGGCGAUCGUCUCCUCGGUUUUCGCGAUAACGGAGCGAUCAGAUUCGAAACGAAGAUCUACGACUCGACGUUCUCGAAGUGCGAAGGCGGCGAGAGUUUGAGAAAAUUUUGGGCGGGCACUUCGGAGGGUGAUUUCAUCGCCUGCGAGUGGGAGGGUCACGAGUUCACUGAGGUGUCGUCGUCGGAGAACGGCAAGUGUAUGGGGUGGUCGCGGGUCCACGACGGUCCGGUGACGGUGAUCAGCCAGUCGCCUCAUUUGCCGGAAGUCCUGUUGACCGUAGGAGGUCGUUUUUUCGCCGUUUGGAAAGAUGACUUUCUCGAAUCGCCUCUGGUGCUCGGUAAAUGCGGAAAUUCGUACACCGCCUGCUGCUGGACGAGCCGUCCGGGCGUUUUUCUCGUCGCCCGGAGCAACGGGGAUCUGGAAACGUGGGAUCUGUUGAGGAGCACCAACGAGUGUCUGGCGGUUCAGAGCGUCUCCGGUAAACGGAUCACCGGUCUGUUUCCGCACGUUUUACCCGGGCGAUCGAAGGUGUUCGCGGUAUGCGACCACAACGGUGCGCUCCGGGUGUUCGAAGAGCCGGUGGAUUUUUCGCGAGACGAAUCGGCGAGGAUCGAACGGUUCGGGGAAUUCGUAGCCAGGGAAGUGAGGAGGAAGCGCGAGUUCGCGUCAUGGGAGUCCAACUAUCUGAAAACGGACGAACACUGUCUGAAAAGGAAGGCGGCCAGGGCGGCCGACGAGGCGAAACGCAGACACGAGGAGGCGAGGGCUAAAUUUCAGAGGGAGCAAGAGGAACUGGCCAGACUCGAGGAGGAAAGGAUCGCCAAAUCCGUGAAGAAAUCGAAAGCCCAGAAAUGGCGAGAAGCCGAUUUGGACAGAAUGCGAUCGAUAUUGCUCGCCAAGAAGGGAUAUCAGCCUCGAGAGUUGGAGGUGACGCGCGGACCUUUGGUGCGACAGGACGAGGAGAGGUCGGAAAAGUUGAGAAAGGCCGAGGAGCGCGCGAAGGGUCUGGAAAUUUGUUUCGAAGACGCGUUGUCGUUGGAUCUGCCCAACUUAACGGAUCAAACUUCGUCGUCGGAGUCGACGAGCGCUACCGUUGUCCCCGCACCCGCCGAACUCCGGUCAGGGGAUCCCGAGUCGAUCGAAGUGGAGACGAAUAAGUGGGAAACGAUUCGCGAGGAGGCGAGAGAAUUGAUGAGAAAAAAUGUACGAGUCAGAGAAUUCGACCCCGAAAAAUUGACCGGGGACGCUCGACGCAGACGGAAGGCACUGGACGCGGCCUGUCGGAAAAGAAGUCGAAAGGAAGAACGGCUGGCUAAAUUGAAAAAGGGGAAUGAUAAUUCUGAAAUCGCGGAAACGACGAUUGAAAAUUAGUUUUAGCUCGUCGGGAUCAUCUGUUUGGCGUGUGCUUCGCCGGCUCUGUUAUCGGCGACCCACUGGUUCCUUUUCGUGGCUUCGGUCGCCUUCAUAGGAACACUUUGUUGGACUUUCGUUUAUCUUUUGUCGCUACGUGAGGUUCUCA